UGUGUGAGACGCGAUGUGUUGGGCUGUGUCUGAAAUCGCCCCCUAUACUCUCAUUCACUAUUCCCUACAUUAGUUCACUAAUAUAGUCCACUUUAAGGAGCGGCUGAAAACGACUGAGUAAAUUGUGGCGGUAAUGCACCUAUUACGUUGGAUGCCAGCCGCCGUUAAAAACCGAGAAGAAGAAGAAGAAGAAGAAGAAGAGUGAGUGAGUAAAUUCGGACACUCUGCACUGGAAGCGCUGCGGGCGCCAUCUUCUGCAGAGACGCAGGAAUUCAUACAUAUAGAUGGCUAGCAGUUAGCCGUGAGUGUACAUCGGUUGUACACUCGUUAUUAUGAUGCAUCAAAGGUAAUUACAUGAGUGCACUCAUUAAUGUCCACUAUGAAUUCGGACACCACUAAAAAUGGAUGUCCCCUCAAAUUGUGCACUAUAUUAGGAUAUAGGGGGCUAUUUAGGACACAUCCCUGGUCUGGUAGUUAAAAUGAAGAAUUCUGGUUAAGCUAUGUAACGUUAAUCAACCUGUUUAUCGGCACUAGCCAGGUUUUUCAAUGGAUAAGUUUGUAACUCACUUAAAGAGAUCCGCUGUAUCUGAUGGAAACAAUGAAUGGAGGAAAGAAAAACUAAGGAAGAAAUGCGAAGAGAAUGUGAGUGAGGUGGAAGGUGAGUUUUCUCAGCCUAUCCCCUGGCAGAAGAUCGAAGCAGAGAGCCUGGACUGUGACUACAGUUUGCUGUUUCAUAAAGAAGAGGCUGAUCUUCUUUUCAGCCAGUUAGAAGACGAGGUGGUGUAUUUUACAGGUGACAAAGCCAAGAUACAUGUUUAUGGAAAGAUGCACAAUGUUCCAAGAAAGCAAGCAACAUACGGGGAUGAGGGACUGAUGUACUCUUUCUCUGGGGUCCAUCUCAUGGCCAGACCAUGGACUCCCACUUUAGAAUAUAUUCGAGAUGCUGUCACCAAGGCAACUGGCCAUACCUUCAAUUUUGUUUUGGUUAACAGGUAUAAAGAUGGUGAUGAUCACAUGGGAGAGCACCGGGAUGAUGAACGGGAACUCAAUCCUGCCUGCCCUAUUGCCUCUGUAUCUCUAGGGGCUGCCCGUGACUUCAUUUUCAGACACAAGGAUGCCAGAACUGGUCCUGCCAAACGUCACAUUGAGCCUGUGAAGCUGGAGCUAGGCCAUGGGAGUCUUCUGCUCAUGAACCGUCCCACAAACACAUUCUGGUAUCACAGCCUUCCAGUGCGAAAAAAGGUCAAAACACCACGCAUCAACCUCACUUACAGACGUAUAAUAAAAUCCACUGACAGAAAACGCGUUCAAAUGGAGUGACUGUUUCCUGGACCCUCUUUCAAAGUUAUAUGAAAGCUGUGUAAAAUUUCCACAAGUUCCUGAAAUGAAUGAUACUGAUAUUUUGCAUAUCUGUGUGCAUCUAUUUGUAUACAUGUACAGUAUAUCACUUUUUGUUAGCCUUGGCAUAGUCUAUUUCACUAAAAGCUGUUGAGCAUGUCCAAUAAAAUAGUACUUUGAUCUCA